AUGGAAGUUUAAAUUUUAUUGACUUAAAUACAUUUCUUACAGUUAGUAAUUCAUAUUCAUUAUAGCAUAGUUGAUUUAUUCACCUAAUUUAAAUCAUUCAAUUCUAAACGAUAAAAUCUUUAAUGAUAAAAUUAAAUAAGAGACUCCUUAAAUAUCAAAAAUCGUUAAGAAUUAUCUAGCUGGUAAAUUCAUUAAUAAGGUGCUAAGAAAUACAAUGCCUAAAUUAGAAUCUAGCGAUUUGAUGAAUAAAUAAUUGAUUGGUAUGCUAUCUAUUUCAUUUUAAUACAGCUCUUCUUAAUUUAAGUGUCCCUUGGUUUAAUAAGUGUGUAUCUGUAAACUAAAUCUACAAAUUUGAAGUAGAAAGUGGAUCAAACUAUAAUUUUAAUAUCUUAGGAAAUAGUCUAUUUAAGCGAAAGGGCCAAACGUUAUUUUGUUCCGUCAUCUCUAAAUUGAUAAGGAUAGGGAUAAUGUAGAGAAGUAUGUAUUUUGCUAUUUUUCACCUUCCUAAUGGAGAGUGUCUCCUAACAUAUCAGGAAGUAAAGGAUCCUUCAUCUUCUCUGUUCAUCCUAGAUUUAAAAUAUUCUCCACAAAUACUAACAAUAAAGUAAGUUUGCUCUAUUAAUACCAAUCAUUACUAAAAAAUUUAGUUAACAACUCAAUUCUCAAUUAAAUCAAGGGCCAAAGUAACCUGGAUUAGGUUAGGUGGCAGUGGAUAUGAAUAGCACAGGAUUUGGAUUGAUGGAAAGCAAUUGUAAGCAAGUAGAUUGAUAGAUGAAGACAAGACCUUUCAGAGUGGACCAAUAUUACAAAAUAAUAUUCACUUACUUGAUGUAUGAUUGAGUUUUAGUCCUAGAUAGAUUUGAUCGAAAUUUGAGAUUUACAAUUAUCUGCUGGAGCAUAAAGCACAUCAUAUUUUAAGACUAAUUCUCAUAAACCUCAUUUAAAUGAAGAACAAUAACGAUUCCAUCAGAAUUAAUUGAUGGAUGUUAUCAUUACCUUAAAUUAAAAAGGAAACAAAGAUUAUGUAAUACUUAAGAAUAUAAUUUUAGAGAGGAGGAAUUGAGGAAUAGUAGACAUCGAAUCCUUUGCUCCCAAUUAGCGAGGAGGAGGAAGAGAAAUAACAAGGGAAAUGA